UCUUCUGGACACAACAGCUCGGAGAUCUUCAAGCUCUGCUGAACUUCUACAGAUUCUUUCUGUCAUCUUGAAGAAACAUCUUGAAGAAUGAGGACCGUGAUGUCUGUGAUGUUCCUGGUGCUCUUCUGCUCUGUGCAGAUGACUUCAAGCGCUGUCAUCUCAAUUGCCGUGGCACAGUCUAGGUGCUGCACAGAGUUCAGUGACGUGAAGAUCCCUGUGAAACAAGUGGAGUCUUAUUUCUGGACCAGCAGCAGCUGUGCCAGACGAGCGAUUGUGUUUCAGAUGAAAUCAGGGAAACAGAUCUGUGUAGAUCCAGACACCACCUGGGUCAGCCAUCAUGUUGAUAAAGUGGACAAAAGAGUCUAAAACAGUCUAAAAGAAGCUAUUGUUCCUGUAUAAAGUUUGCAUUUCAUAUUGUAUAGAACUGUGUGA